UGAUGUCACAACAUAUUCAUAAAAAUCUUUGUCGUCGUUUUAUGUAACACUGGUUGAUCUUUGAUAAGCUAGUUUAGCUUUUGUAAAAGAGGAUAUAAGUUAGCUUCAGUGUCUCUGCUUAUCUCUCGGAUUUUGAAAACAAUUAUUAAACGGGAAAGAUGUCUCAUGUGCAAAUAUAUAAUCUGUGACUUUUCUUAAGAUAAUCAUUAUUAUUAAAAUUACACAUCAGAUUUAAAUAUAUUUCAAUUUCCUACUUUUCAGUAUUUCAUACUUAAAUUCGGUUUCGUUUAACUUUAAUUUCAGUUAAAGGAACAUCAACUGAAAGUAUUAACAUCAACUGAAAGUACAACUAUUCUUAAUUCAGCAACUUUUUAAAAAUUCUUUCAAUCUACGUUUGAAAAUUAUGAUAGUUAUGGGUUUAUUUCUUUUUUUCAGAUAUGUGGCCAUCAUCCAUCCAAUAAAAGCCCAUAUUCUCUGUUGCCGCACUAGAAUUAUUUUCAUCAUUUCUAUCAUCUGGCCUCUGGCAAUGCUCUGCGCGUCUCCGAAUAUUUUCUACCACGUCAUCAUUCCCUUUGACACAGAGUUCACUCCCUGCAUUGUACAAUUCCCCAAUAUCCUUGCUUUCGUCAUCUUCAAGUAUUGUGAAUUUUUCAUCUUUUAUUUCAUCCCUCUCGUUCUUCAGGUUGUGCUCUAUGUCAAUAUUGGAAAACGGCUGUUUAGCACCGAAGCCCUACAAACAAUGGAACCAUCUGUAGGAAAGGAAAAAUUUGCUGGAGCUAUGAAGGCAAGAAGGGGAGUCAUCAAAAUGCUUGUUGCUGGAGUAACCGUUUAUUUCGUUAGCUUCUCACCCCACCAAGUUUUACUUUUCUAUAAUACCUUUUCCAGCACCCUUUUCAAAGAAACCUGGUCUUUUCUAAUAUUCGUCAACAUCAUGGCUUAUGCAUCUUCUGCUUGUAAUCCGCUACUAUAUAGCAUAUUCAGCCAAAAAUUCAGAAAGAAGUUUCGUUCUCUCUUGUCCUGCUGCAAGAAGAAACAGUGUGCACCGUCGCCAUCUGCCAUCUAUUUGAGUUGCCGGAAUAGGAACAUGAACAACAAAAGUGUGAAAACAACUGUAACAGAUAUAUAAAGUGUACGGUACUAUACGACGGGGAAAAACUUGGAAAUUCUGGUAUACUUUUGAUAUCUGCAAAGAACGUUGGUGGCGUGUGGAGACUGCACUUGUGUAAUAAUAACAUAUCGUAUUUAGUCGGGCAACUCAACCAUUAUUUAAGUAUAAAUUUAUACCUAAAAAGGAGGAUGCAUUAUUUAAGCAAAAGAUCAUGACAUUACUAGCAUCUAUCACUAUGAUCUUGUUUUCUUCGGCUUCAUGCACUGUCUAGAUUUGAUUCCCAAAUUUAUAGCUUAUGAGAGAUUGCUCGCUUUGCUGCCGCUAUCUCUUGGAUCUUCUAUUAGUACGGUUAGAAAGUAGAGUGUUACUGAUACUUAAGUGUCAUUUAAGUCACAAUUUAAUCUUGAAGAUGGAACUGAGGUCUUCGGCGUAGAAACCAAACAUCGUUCUGACAAUAUGAAAAGCGAACGUCUGCCUUCGCUGCUGAUGUUUGGAUCUGCUAACUGAUACAAGCGCUGAUUGCCCACCCAGCCAUAUAAAGCCUCGUAAUGUACAUACAUUUGCGAGUUAUCGUAAACUACUUGUAAUGCAUAGUUCUGUUAAAAAAGAGGAAUGGAAUGAAAAUAUUA